AUGGCCCCGAUAUCUGCCAUUGAACACAUUGCAAACCCAUUGGUGACCUCCAAGCAACUCAUCAACCUCAAAAACUCCGAAGACGACAAUGGCCAGUCCGUCCGAUUUGCGCAAGCUCAACUCACCUCGGCGGCGGGCAUACUGCUGCGUCUGUCGCAAGAAGUGAUUGCGCAAGCCAUAGUCCUUCUCCAGCGCUUCUCUGUGUCGAGCAGACCCCAAGACCGCGACGCGUUCAAGCCCAAGACUCUCUCUGCGGCAUCGAUCUAUCUCGCUGCCAAGCUCUCCGCGACUCCAGUCUCUCCUCGAUCUGUGGUCAAUGUGUACGCCUAUUUGACCUCGAAAGCGUCGCCUCUCCAAUUCAUCAAUCCCCACGGAGUGCGUACAAAUCCCGAUCCGCAAGACUACUUCGUCACGGAAGGGACAUAUGAAAGAGAAAGACAAAGAUUGUUUGUUUGUGAGAGCGUGGUACUGGCCGGCAUAGGGUUUGAUACUCGGGUCGCUUUACCUUACAGUCUGGCUCUCACAUACAUUCAGGCGUUGGGCGUAUCGUCUACGGAGCUGGCGAGGAGGGUCAUUGAACAUCUCAAUGCAGGGUUGCUCUCCCCUCAACUGCUGUACCUUAGCCACCAACCUAACGCUCUGGCCGUGGCAGCCAUCUACCUGGCAGCAAGGGAGAUAGGCGUCAAGCUCGUCGAACAGAACUGGUGGGAAGUCUUUGACGUCGACCGAGAGGACCUUGGCUUCCUCGUGCUGGCAUAUGGAAGUCUCGCGAAUUUUGCAGAGGCCGAAUUGAAGAAGUGGAAAGCCACGGCUUUGUCGUUAGGUUGA